AUGAUUGCCAUUCCAUGUCCUCUUUCUUUUCUACAGUCUUUCCCCAGAAAAUGUGCUUUUCUUGAUGUCGUUGCUGCUGCAAAAUAUGAUUUGUAUUUUUUUACUGAAACUUGGCUGAAAAGCCAUCAUUUUGUGCCGGCUAUGCUUAGUAAAUGGAUUGAGGAGUAUGCUAUUGUCCGUUGCGAUAGGAGUCGGAGGGCCGGAGGUGGAGUUGCUAUGUUUAUAAGAAAAACCCUAAAUUAUUCUACUGUAAUAUCUGAGUCUGUACCCAGUGGGUAUGAAAUAGCCGUGGACGUCGCUCUUCCCGACCCAUGCAUUAGAAUCGUACCAAUAUACAGGCCGCCAUCGUCCCCUCCCUCCAUCAAUGAACAACUAGGAAAAUUAGUUAGCGAUCUAGCUGCGGUAUCAAUACCGGUCCUUGUGGUAGGUGACUUCAAUAUUCCAGAGUUCGACUGGGUGCAAUGGAACAAUAUCAGAGAUAUUUCUCAUCCACUUUUUGACACCUUCGCAACCCAUGGGUUCAAGCAGUACGUUGAUCAUCCCACAAGGGGUAACAAUUUGUUGGAUCUUCUGUUUUCAAACGACGAAGAGCUUAUAAGAGAUGUCUCAGUAAAGUCACCAAUCGGCCAUAGCGACCAUUUUUGCGUUUCUUUCAAGAUUACGGGACGUAGCAUUCCCUGUACCCCUGUUUUCAAGAGACUUCGUAGCAAAUCACUGCUUACGCAUUUGAAACUGCAUGGUAGACUCCUGGUAAAUGAUCUUGAAAAGGCUAAUGCCUUGGCCUCAGAAUUUGACAAAGUGUUUCAGCAGGACAACAACUGUCUUCCUCUAUACUCGCCCAAUGUAACCAAUCAAGUGUUGACAUUUCCCUACUUUGACGCGAAUGAUAUCUACAAUCUCUUGAAAAAUUGGCCCUGUUCCUCUUCUGUUACUCCAGAUCAAGUUCCUUUCGAAUUCGUCCAAGAAUAUUGCUCAUGCUAUUGCCUUCCCUUA